CAAUCAGUCAUCGUCGUGUCGUGCUACAAAUUAGAGGUGGGCGCAGGACAGGGAUCCUGUCCUGAACUUGCAGGAUCCUGUCCCUGCAGGACAGGUUCAGGGCCGCAGUUACCUUACAUUAUAAUUUUUUCUUCGCUGCCAUAGCAGGUAGGUCAGUUUUCAUUUUUCGGAAAUUUGUCAACAGUAAAAUAUUUUUCUCUACGGAGCCCUUGCAUUCCUGAUUUCUGGUUUACCUUUUACGUUUAUGUAAUUAUAUUUAAUUAUUUCCUGAAAUUUCAUUAGUUUUCUGCUGUCUUCUAUGUGUUUCGCUUGAUUAUGGCUGUUCAAGAAGUAAAUUAUCGGAGUUUUGAAAUCGAGCAAAAGAGAGCUCGCGAGCGCGCCACCGCAGAAAAACUUCGGACCGAAGCCAAGCGUCAGCGCCUGGAGUUGUUACAGCAGGACAACCAUUUCGAGGAUCCCCAUAAGAAUCUGAUUAUGGCUAAGAAUAUUCCCACCUUCACAGAAGAUGCUGAACGGAAACAGAUUCGGAAAUCACGCAAAGGAAAACUAUCUGAAAAGUGGAAGAAAACCUUCGCGCAGGUUCUGCAGGAUGAAGAACGGUUCUGGAUCAAUCACGGCCAGACAUGUCUAGAUCCGAGCACCGUGUGUAAUUAUUUCACUGCUGAAGCACCUCGAUCCCGCUACCCUGGACCCUUGCUAUGCUCUGUUUGCAGUUUCCCUUGCAAUAUGAAGUGCAUCACUUGUGAGGAAAGGUUCUGCUCGAAGAAGUGUUUAGAAAUUCAUAAAGAUACGCGAUGCAUGAAACGGGUGAUGUGACCGUUUUAUUUUCAGUUCUAUUUUUUUCUUUUGUAUAUCAGAUAUCUGCAUCCAUGAAAUUGUUGAAGCUGUUUGGUACUAUGGUUGAAAUAUAAAACCUUGGGAUAAAUGAUCCCGCAGAGCCACAAAGGGUGGCUUUCUACGAGCUUUGGCGUUUUUCUGGUUAUUUUUUCGGUUUGUACAGAUAGGUGCUGAUGUUUACUGCGGCCAAGCUCGUACAAAGCUACAACAUGAAA